GGUUGCCAGAGGAAGCAUUUGAGCAUCUGGAGAACCUGAAUUACCUGUACCUGGCAAACAAUAAGCUAACAGUGGCUCCAAAAUUCCUACCAAAUACCUUGAUAAGUGCAGAUUUUGCAGCCAAUUAUCUCACUAAGAUAUAUGGGCUCACAUUUGGACAGAAACCAAACUUGAGAUCUGUGUAUCUUCAUAACAACAAACUUUCAGAUGCUGGCUUACCUGAUAAUAUGUUCAAUGGCUCUGAUAAUGUGGAGAUACUCAUCAUGUCCAGUAAUUUCUUGAAGUAUGUUCCAAAGAAUCUCCCUCCAGCACUGUAUAAAUUACACUUAAAGAACAACAAGCUAGAGAAGAUUCCCAAAGGAGCCUUCAGUGAACUUACAGGUCUGCGGGAGCUGUAUUUACAGAAUAACUACUUGACUAAUGAAGGAAUGGACAACGAAACUUUCUGGAAAUUGUCUAGUCUUGAAUAUCUGGAUUUGUCCAGCAAUAACCUCUCACAAAUCCCAAGUGGUUUACCUCGAAACAUUGUCCUCCUCCACCUGGAGAAGAAUGCAAUUAAGGUGAUUGGCAGAGAUGUCUUGACCCAAAUUAAGAACCUGGAGUACCUUCUGCUCCACAAUAACAAACUAAAAGCCCGAGGUAUUCACCCGUUAGCCUUCCAGGGCUUAAAGAAGCUGCACACUGUCCACCUCUAUAACAACAUGCUGGAAAGGAUUCCCAGUGGGCUGCCCCGGCGAGUGAAAACACUUAUGAUCCUUCAUAACCAGAUCUCUGAGAUUAACAGGAAUGACUUUGCUACCACUUACUUCCUUGAAGAGCUGAACCUGAGCUACAAUAAGCUCAAAAGUCCCCAGAUCCAUCGGGAGGCCUUCCGUAAGCUGAGGCAGCUAAAGUCCUUGGAUCUUUCUGGAAACAAUCUCCACACGGUGCCCUUUGGCUUUCCAAAGAACUUGCAGAUUCUGAAGCUGAAGGAGAAUGAGAUAAGCAUCAUCCCAAAAGGGACUUUGUCUGGGAUGACAAAGCUGCGGGAACUGUAUUUGAGCAACAAUAAACUGAAAGUAAAUUCCAUUUAUUCAAGAGCGUGGAGAGAACUCAGCAGUCUCCAGUCAUUAGACAUGGCUGGCAACCAGCUGACUUCUAUCCCAUCAGGCCUGCCAGAAUCUCUAGAAUAUCUGUAUCUUCAGAACAACAAGAUCACAACGGUUUCAGAGGAUGCUUUUGAAUCCACACCCAAAAUAAAGGGGAUUUACCUCAGGUUUAAUAAGAUUGCAGUUGGAGCACUGAAAGAAAGUACCUUCCAAAACCUAAAGCACUUACAGGUACUGGAUAUUGAAGGAAACCUUGAAUUCAGCAACAGUUCAAAGAAUAAGGAUGACUCAGAAGAGGAAAUGGAGGAUGAGGAAGAGGAAGAAGAACUGAGAUAA